AAUACAGUUGGAAUUCUCUGUGUUACAUUUAAGUAAAAAAAACAAAAAAACAAAAAAAAAAACUGGUGCGCUGUUAAAAAUAAUUCAUUAAUUUCGUUUCAAAAAAUCCCAGAUUUUAUGUGAGUGACCAUUUGAAUGGAUCAGUUUGACUACUCAGGAUUUAUAUUAUGAUGCCGUAGGCAUAUUAACAAAUAUUAUUUUUAUUUUCUUUGGUUCUGAUAUGGUAUGAAAUCAUUAUGUAAGCUAUCAUGUGACAUUUUCUCUGGCGUUCUACCAAUUCUGACACCCACUGUAUUUUUACUCAAAAAUAAUAUUUAACAAUCACGGAAAAGAAAAAUCAAAGAAAAAACGAUAAACAAAUUAAAAAAAGACAAAGAUGAAGCCUUCCCAGAUUGAUGUUGAUGGAAUUAUGACUUCUUUGGGAGAUUCCAAAUAUUUCCACACCACUCAAUACAUUAUGCUCUGCGCUCCUAUACUUUUAGUGUCAACUAACACUUUCUUCUACGUUUACUUUGCCACCACACCUGAAUACAGAUGUAAUAAUCUGACAGAGUUUCAGCUCAGUAAAUACAACAUAUCGAUCAAUGAAGAAGACAAUCUAAUAUAUGAUAAGUGCUCCAUAGACAUCAUCAAUACGAAUGGAGAGGUUACAGGUGAAAACCGAACCCUGGACUGUUUGAAUAGCUAUUAUUACACGACACCAGUUGAUAAAUCUAUAGUAUCACAGUGGGAUCUGGUCUGUAACAAUGAAGGAUUGGCUGAAUCUACCCAAAUAUUUUAUAUCGUGGGUCAAAUGAUUGGUGGUUUGACAGCACCUUAUUUGAUUGAAAGAUUUGGACGAAAACAUGUGCGAGUGUCAAGCAGUGCCUUGUUGUUAAUCUUCAACUUAUUCGGUGCAUUUUCACCAUUCUACCUCUUGUUUGCAGUCAUGAGAUUUUUCAUUGGAAUACUAAGAGAGGCAUUUCUUCUUAGCUCUACAACUUUGGUUUGUGAAUUAUACCCCAAAGAAAAGCGUAUCAUUAUGACUGGUUUAUUUAUGAAUGUCUGGAGCGUUGGUAAUUGUCUUGUCGGUGUCAUAGGCUAUAUGUUGAAGGAUUACAGUUGGAACAUGUUAUUCCUAUUUAAUGCUGCCCUCUCGGGAUAUUUUAUUGUGGAUUUCUUUUUCCUGCAGGAAUCUGUGCGGUGGUUAAUUGCCACUUCGAAAAUAAAUACAGCUGAGAAGAUUGUCAAAAAAGCAGCUAAACAAAACAAAGUUGACUUUGACACUGUUUGGCAUAUUGCUUUAAAAGAUACUUCAACACAACAAGCAUCUAGUCCUGUGAACGAAACUAAUCUCGACGGCCGAAACUGUGAGUCUAAUGUCGAGGCAAAAGUCAAAGCAGUUGUCGAUCAUUCACAACUAGAAGUUGAAAAAGAAGCUCCAUUAUAUUGA